UGAAAAGCCAGAGAACUGCUUACAAAAAUCAUUGAAACAUAUACCAACACAUACCCGUAGUUUUCUGCCAUACUGCUGGGUGUCCUACCCUGGGAGGCACAGUCGAGCGCAGCUCUGGUAGGAGCUGGAUGUACCCACUGUAAUCGUCCACGCUUCACAGAUACUCAUUGAAAUAAACAAAGGGGGAGAGGGGCAGUGUCUCCGUUUUGCAGGGAGAGCUGAGCUACAGAGGGAUGGAGACUUGCCCAAGGUCACACAGGAAGUCUGUGAUAGUGUUGGGAGCUGAAGUCUAACCGGCUUGGUCUCAUUUCAGUGCCUUACGGCCCUCCCCCCCCCUUUUUUUUUUUUGCUAAGUUUUACGCUAAAACAGUCAUCUGAGAGCAGACUCUGACUAUUAGAUCGCUGUCACUUUUUGACAUUUCCAGCCCUGGGGAAAAAAAAAAACCGCUUUUGCUCAACUAUGGAGCCUUGCAUUGACGGGAAGUGUUUCGGAGCACAUGGCUAUUUCCUGAAGACUUACUAGAAAUCAGUGUUGCAUUUCGACCGCUAAAGGAACUGCCCAAGAAGUGAAGGAAUAGAGCUUAGCCAUCUGGAUUUAAGAAGCUGAAAACCAUGUCUCUUCCCCGACAGCUGCGAGAAAAGAGUGAUUUUGACCAGCUUCCAGAUGAUGUACCUGUUUCAGCAAACAUUGCAGAUAUUGAAGAGAAGAAAGGCUUUACUAAUUAUUAUAUGUUUGUCAUUGAAGUAAAGCUUAAAGGUGGUGGCAGAUACUUAAUUUUCCGACGCUAUCGUCAGUUCUAUGCCCUGCACACCAAGCUAGAGGAGAGAUACGGGGCAGAGAGCAAAGACAGCCCUUUUACCUGCACACUCCCUGUAUUGCCAGGGAAAGUUUAUGUUGGGGCCAAAAAGGAAAUUGCUGAGAACAGGAUUCCUAUCCUGAAUGUCUACAUGAAGAACCUACUCUGCCUACCGGUUUGGGUGUUGAUGGAUGAAGAGGUACGGCUGUUCUUCUACCAUUCAACCUUUGAUAGUGAACAGGUGCCUCACAGACUAAGACGGCUUCGCCCACGGACGCGCCGAGUUAAAAGCAUUUCACCUCAAGUGCCUAUUUUUGACCGCCUGGCAACUCCCCGGGCUGAGGCAUUGUUUGAUUUUUCUGGAACCAAUAAACUGGAACUCAGCUUCAAGAAGGGAGACUUGAUCUAUCUACUCAGCAGAGUAAACAAAGACUGGUUGGAGGGAACAGCUGAUGAUGCCACUGGGAUUUUCCCAUGUGCUUUUGUGAAGAUCAUAAAAGAUUUACCACAGCAGGAAGACACAGUUAAUAAAGUUCGCUGUUAUUACCAUGAUGAGACUGUGAGCACUAUCAGGGAUAUCUCAGUGGAAGAGGAUCUGAGCAGCAUUCCAUCAUUCAAAGAUCUCAUGGAAUUGAUAAGGCGAGAGUUUGACCAAGAUGACAUUGUUUUGAAUUACCGGGACCUUGAUGGUGACCUGAUCCGGUUGCUCUCCAAUCAGGAUGUUGAACUCAUGGUGUCUCAGAGCAGGAGAAGGCCCUCUGAGAAGCAUUUCUUCCCUUGGAAGUUGCACAUCACUCACAAAGAUGACUUGGGUGUCUACAACACUAGUCCAGGAAUAGGUGCUACUCAAACAGUGAGUGCAACAUAAGUGCUAUAUGGAAAUGUUCCAGUAGGUAGCUAUACAGUCCUUCUGUAAUCCCUCUCUGCAGACAGUUUCCUUUAACAAGCCUUUGAAGUGAGCUUGAAAAGAGUAAUUUUUAGUAAUAUAUUACCUUUCAAUGUAAAAUCUGUACUUGGUUAGCUUCUUCAGCUUUGUAGUACUCCUCUGUAAUAGAGACAUCUACAUAGGGACCAGAGAAAGUGAGGAAUAGAGAAAUAAAAUCACUGGCUGUAUUCACAAAGCUAGUCAGUGUUAGCCUGCAGUAGAGGUUUAGUGUUCUGAGCCCCAGGACCUGCUCUAAUCUCUAUUCUUGCUCCCAGAGCUAGUUAUUUGUCCAGAAUGUCUUCAUAAGCUUUUUUUCUAGACUGCCAUAAUUUUCUCUUCACUUGCUGAUAUAAAGGUUUGUGUGUCAGUGCUUAUGAAUGUGUAAUUAUUUCUGUCACGUGGGAGUCUGACUGGGCAUUCAGAGUUUGUUCUGGAAGCAUCAAGAAAACUUUUUCUUAUUUCAGUGAAGAAAUUGCAACCCACCUUUGCUUUCUUCUUUCCACUGACCAAUAUUUUGAAUUCUGUGAAUCAAACCUAGCACACCUAUGGUGUUCCUCAUAGACCUUUUUGUAAUUGUACAGACUACUUAUUUCCACAUUCUGGGAAAAUUUGUGUGAUGCCAAUUCAAACAGAAUUCCUUCUCUGUCUAUCUUCUGCUUUCUGAUACCUCCUUGCAAAGUAGAACUAACAAAUUACUGUAUCAGAUUCUUCAACAAAUAAAGUUACAUAUGAGUUUA